GGCUAAGAUGCUACGAGCCAAGAUCUUUACCUUAUUGGUGCUGUAUGCCGCUUUAGGCCCAAGCUUGGGAGAAUAUCUGGGCAAACCGAAGAACACGGAACUUAAAGAUGUAGUGCCUAGAGUUUUUUCCCGGCGGCGAAGAGCGGUCUUGUUUCCGCCGGGAUCGUUUGUGAAGUUCACCUGCUCCCUUGCUACUGGACUUCUGGCCACCUAUCCCAAAGGAAUAUCAUUUGUUUUGGAAGAAGCUGUCUAUUUUCCGAUACCCGGAGCUGUGGAGGAUAUCUACCCGAAGAAGUUUCUACCCCAGACCACGACUAAAAAACCGGACAAGCUGCCAGAUUCAAUUAUUUACAUACCCGGUACAGAUUGGCGUUUUAAGGCCCAGACUUUGCCCAAACCCAAAUGGGGACAACCGCCUCCGAAAACCCAACGCAUCGACGAUGAUAGCUAUGCCAAUCCCUAUAAGUGGCAACAUUGGAGUCAGAACCAAAAAUGGAAUACUUACCAAUGGGAAGGAAGCGAUUCCAACAAGGCAAAGUGGUCGAAAUGGACCACACAUUCGCCAAAGUGGAAAUCCAAAUGGAGUCAGCACAAGUACAGUGCAGCCUGGCAAUCGCACCAUUACCACGGCCAUCGCGACCGAAGAUCACUGUUCGAUCGUUUCACCAAACUCAGUUCCCAGAUUGGCAUCGAUGUGAAGUCUUGUAUUUUACGCACCAUCUGUGAUAGCAAAAGACUGCUGCUGCCACCUGGGUAUUCCAUGCUGCAGGACAUGUUGCGAGUGGUAUUCACUCUGCCCCGUUUGGAUGGCUUGGAAGAUGAAUACAGCCGCAUAAUGGACAAAGAUGCUGAUGAAUGUGCGGCGGAGCUAAAGUCUAAGUGUAAUAUGAAUUUAUUGAUUUGGCUGUUGAGUGGCAGACUUGAAUAAAGUAAAACUUAUUUAUCAGUCACGU